AUGUCUCUUGUCUUUCAGGAUGUGCUGGGCUAUGAAGACAUGGGGAGAAAAUUUGGUGUGGUAAACUAUGCGGCAGUGUUCAGAAACAGUGACCCUACCCUGAUAUUUGUUUUUCUAAUGUGUUUUGCCCUUGCCACAAUUUUCUUUGCAUUUAUGAUCAGCACAUUCUUCAAAAAAGCUCACAUUGCAACCGCCUCAGGAGGCAUCAUCUUCUUCUUCACCUACCUUCCGUACCUGUACAUCACUUUCAGCUACAUCCACAGGAGCCACUUCCAAAAGAUAGCCCUUUGUCUCCUCUCAAGUGUUGCCAUGGCACUGGGAGUCCGACUAAUCUCCGCAUUGGAGACAAAAGGCGUGGGCAUCCAGUGGAGGAACAUGGGCAGUAUAAGAGGAGAGCUUAACUUCACUCAGGUGCUGCUGAUGCUCCUACUGGACUCCUUCUUGUACGGCUUGGUGGCCUGGUAUAUGGAGUCCAUCUUCCCAGGAAAGUAUGGUGCACCCAAGCCUUGGUGCUUCUUUCUCAUGCCCUCCCACUGGCGUGGACAAUCUAUAUCCCUUACGAAAUCAGUGCUAGACUUAGGGAAUCCUCAGAAAUCUCUGAAAGGCACGUUCAUUCAGGAAGAGCCUACUGAUUUGAUGAAAGGAAUUGAAAUCCAACAUCUAUACUAGGUGUUUUACAAGGGAAGGGAUGAACACAAAGCAGUCAAAGAUCUGACCAUGAAUCUGUACCGGGGGCAGAUCACUGUUCUCCUGGGACACAAUGGAUCAGGCAAAACCACCACCUGCGGCAUGCUCACAGGUCUUAUUCCCCCUUCAGGUGGACAGGCAUAUAUCAAUGGAUGUGAAAUUUCGCAAAAUGUGGUUCAAAUCCAGAAGAUCAUGGGCUGGUUCCCCCAACAUGACAUCUUGUUUGAUAACUUGACAGUAGCAGAACAUCUUUAUUUCUAUGCUCAGCUGAAAGGCUUGUCGCACCAGAAGUGCCCUGAAGAAGUCGAACGCAUGCUGCACGUCGUCAGUCUGGAGGACAAGCGGGACUCCCGGAGCAGGUUCCUGAGCGGUUCGAUGAGGCACAAGCUCUCCAUCGGCAUCGCCCUCAUAGCACGCCCACCCACCUUGGGCGUGGACGUGCUGAUGCUGGAUGAACCCACCUUGGGCAUGGACGCCAUCUCUAGGAGGGCCUUCUGGGCCCUUCUUCAGCAGCACAAGACUGACUGCACCAUCCUGCUGACCACCCACUUCAUGGAUAAGGCUGAUCUGCUGGGGGACCGCAUCACCAUCAUGGCCAAGGGGGAGCUGCAGUGCUGCGGGCCAUUGCUGUUCCUCAAACAGAAAAAUGGUGCAGGAUAUUAUAUGACUUUAGUGAAAAAACCUGAUUGUAACACAGAAAUGGUUUCUCAUCUGAUUUGUCAUCACAUACCAAAUGCAAUUUACCAGCCUAGCACUGGAGAAGAAAUAACAUUUAUACUUCCUCAAGAGAGCACGCACAGGUUUGAAUCUCUAUUUACAGACUUGGAACUGAGGCAGGAAGAGCUGGGCAUUGCCAACUUUGGGGUCUCUGUCACCACUAUGGAAGAAAUCUUCAUUUGGGUUAUUAAGUUGGUAGAUUCCAGUACAGAUAUGCAAGUCAUCAAGCUUCCCGCCUUCCAUUCUCAGCCAGUGGUUAGCAGAGUUCCCGCUAGCAGAAUUAAACGUCUUCAUUCAAGGAUCUUCUCCAUAGGGUCCAGCCUGGCAAUCCAACCAAACACUGGGUUCAGGCUUCUUUGCCAACAGUUCUAUGCCAUGCUCUUGAAAAGGGUUACAUAUUCCUGGUGCAACUGGAUGAUGAUGCUGUCGAUACAGAUCCUGGUGCCUCUGGUGAUCAUUAUGCUCAGCCUCUCACUCCUCAACUUCAAAACAAGUGUGGAAAAUGUCCCAUUGGAGCUGACCCUAAAAUCAUAUGUUCAAACUAUUGUUCCAUUGUUUAUUUCUCCAAAUUCCAGGCUGGGUCCUCAGCUUUCAGAACAUUUUACAGAUAUGCUUGUGGCUGAAGAACAGAUUCCUCUGAAUUUCCUCUUAAACGUGGAGACGUUCCUCUUAAACAAAUCCGAGGAGGAACCCAAGGUCUUUGAUCAGAACUACAUAGUGGCAGCUUCCUUCGAAGACAUGGGGAACCACACCAUAGUGACAGCGGUGUUCAACAACCAGUCCUACCAUUCCUCUGCCCUGGCACUGGCCCUGGUGGACAACGUUCUCUCCAAGUUGCUUUCUGGUGCCAGGGCUUUGAUUACGGUAUUCAACCACUCUCAACCUCAGUCACGCUUGGAGACCUCAGAGAAUAUCUUCUAUGAGGGCCCUAAAGGACAUUAUCUUGUUAUCAGCUUGCUUUUUGGAAUAGCUUUCUUGUCUAGCUCUUUCUCCAUCUUGAUAGUCAAAGAGAGAUCCAUCAAGGCCAAGCACGUCCAGUUCAUCGGUGGAGUUUACGUGGCUACUUUCUGGCUCUCCGCUCUGCUCUGGGACCUCAUCUCCUUCCUCAUUGCCACUCUGCUGCUGCUGGUGGUGUUUUUGUACUACAAUGAAGAGGCUUUUACACAUGAGGAAAACAUCCUGGCUGUUUUCUUGAUGCUAAUGCUCUAUGGCUGGGCUAUCAUCCCCUUCAUCUACUUGACCAGCUUCUGCUUUGACAACUCGGGCAGCGCCUAUGUUAAGCUCAUCAUCACGCUCACCUUCUUGAGCAUCAGCCCCCUUGUCCUCGUCGCAGUCACAAGUGAAAAAGAACUGGACUACACAACGGUAUCAGAUUCCUUGGAUCACACAUUCCUACUGCUUCCAGGCCACUGCCUGGGGAUGGCUUUCUCCAACUUAUAUUACAGCUUUGAACUACAGAAGUUUUGCAAUGCCAAGAGCCUGAACCAGACUGAGUGCAAUGAAGUUCCAGAACGAUAUGUGGUCCAAAAGAACAUCUAUGCAUGGGAGUCUCUGGGGAUAGGGAAGUAUCUGACAGCCCUUGGCAUCUCAGGACCUGUGUACCUCAUCCUGCUUUUCCUCAUUGAAACCAAUGUCUUGUCGAAACUGAAAGCCAGGUUUUCUGACUGGUAAGUGGGUCAAAGUUUAAGUCUCUAAGGACAGGUCAAGGGACUCCUCCAUGUGUCCAUGCCUGGAGACCAAGUUGUGGAAGAGGAGGCGGAAAUGAUCAAAACUCAUUUGGAAAACUUGCAUAAGAAAAACCCACUGGUCCUUAAAAAAGUGUCUAAGGUCUAUGCCAACAAGGUGUCCCCAUUGGCUGUGGACAAGAUAUCCUUCACUGUUCAAGCAGAGGAAUGCUUUGGCCUUCUUGGCCUCAGUGGAGCUGGGAAAGCUUCCAUUUUCAAAAUGCUGACUGGGGAAGAGCCUAUCACCUCUGGGGACGCCUUUGUCAAGGGCCUCAGCAUCCGCUCUCACUUGGGGAAGGUGCGGCAGUGGAUUGGCUACUGUCCCCAGUUUGAUGCCCUGCUGGACCACAUGAUGGGCCGGGAGACGCUGGUCACGUACACCCGGCUGCGGGGCAUCCCUGAGCGCCACAGCAGUGCCUGCGUGGACCAAAUUCUUGAUGACUUACUCAUGUACACAUAUGCCGUCAGCCUGGUGAGGACCUACAGUGGUGGCAACAAGUGGAAGCUGAGUGCUGGCAUCGCCCUGCUUGGAGAGCCUACGGUCAUCUUCCUGGAUGAGCCGUCCACUGGCAUGGACCCCGUGGCCCGGCGCCUGCUCUGGGGCACUGUGGUGAGGGCCCGCAAAUCCGUCAAGGCCAAUGUCAUCACCUCCCACAGCAUGGAGGACUGUGAGGCCUUGUGCACCCGGCUGGCCAUGAUGGUGCAGGGUCAGUUCAAGUGCCUAGGCAGCCCCCAGCACCUCAAGAGCAAGUUUGGCAGUGGCUAUGCCCUACGGGCCAAGAUCCAGAGUGAUGGGCAGCAGGAGGCCCUAGAGGAGUUCAAGGCAUUCGUGGACCUGAACUUCCCAGGCAGCAUCCUGGAAGAUGAGCACCAAGGGAUGGUCCAUUACCACCUGCCCAGCGAUGAUCUCAGCUGGGCGAAGGUGUUUGGGAUUAUGAAGCAAGCUAAGAAGAAGUACAUGUUGGAAGACUACACGGUCAACCAGAUCUCUCUGGAAGACAUCUUCCUGAGCUUCACCUGCCCUGUGCCCUACACCCAAGGGGAAAGCAAACAAGGGCAAGCAGAGUCAGCAAGCCCCACAUUACCCUCUCCACCUCCCUUCCUGCCUCCCUCCCAACCUCCCUUUCCACUUCCCACUCCAUCUCCCUCCCAGCCUUUCUUCCAACCUUCCUCCCAGGCUCCUUCCUGGCCUCCUACUCCACCUCCCUCCAGGCCUUCCUCCUGAUCUACCUGGCCUCCCUCCCAGCCUCCCUCUCCAUCA